UUUUGCCCCGUCGUAUACUCGCCCUCAUAUCCUUUGUCCUCUUCUAUAUAUACCCGUAUCUCAUAUACUGCCGAUUUGGUCGGCCUUUGCGUGUUCAGAACAACUCUAUAAAUUCAUCGGUCCACCAGACACACUCGGGCUGUCGCAGCUUCUCCAGCAGUCACGGUAGUUCGACUCGUGGGAGAGGAGUCGAAAGAGUCGGUUUGUUUGCUUUUUAAAAUGCCAUCAAGUAAGCUGCGCGACGCAACCGGUGGUGGUACCCGCGGGGGUGCUGCGACGAGACGCUCAGUCAACGUCUUUACAGAGAACCCCAUCGUCUCGGGGCCUCGGACUAGUCGCCCCCGAAAGAAGCUCGUGGAGGUGAAUACGAGCGACGAGGAAGACAUGGAUGACCAAGAGGAAGACGAAGUCGACGAUGAGGAUGCUCCCGGGGAAGAUGACGAGGAUGCUGAUGCCGAUGGUGACUUGGACAUGGACGAUGCCCCACCUCAGCCUCCGGUGUCAAAGAGACAUGCCAAGGCUUCGGCAACUUCUGCGGCCACGUCUAAACCCGUCAAGAGUGUCGAGGCCAAAGAAAUGGAAGUAGAUGAUGAUGACGACGACGAGGACGACGAGGAGCUUUCCGAACCAGACUCCGACGCCGAAGGCGAGCCUGAUGACCUGGAGGAAAGUACCUUAGGGAACGUUAACGGAGGGGAUGAAGAGCUUGAUGAUGACGACUUGGAUGAAAGCGACGACGGGUUACCCUCCACCGAUCCGAGCAAAAUGACCAAACGGCAAAGGGGAAAUCUAGGCAACGACUUCUUGCAAUUGCCGAUGGAGCCCCAAGUCAAGAAACAUUUGACUGCGGAGGAGCGCCAAAUGCGACGAGCGGAGAUGGCUCGGCGUCGAAAGAACCUGAGCGAAAAACGAAAUGAAGAAGAAAAAAUGGACACGAUUAACCGACUUCUGCGAAAACAAGCUCCCAAACGGCGUGGUCGGAUUCCCGCAGCGGAAGCAGCCGAGGCUUCUGCAGAUCAAGAGGCACAAGAAGUCGAAAGAGCAGACCCAACAAUGGUCAGAUGGGUGAGCGGUCGCGAUGGCAGCAGAGUUGGCGUGCCCGAGGAAUGGUUUGGUACUCCGGCCGGCCGCGUCUUUGGAGAAGGUCCCCUUGGAAAUAGCGGACCCAGAAAGCUUGUGGAAGAGGUAUAAAUUGACUAGAGUUGGGUGGAAGGGCGCAAACGGACCAGGCGUAUUUGGAACAAUUGAAUCAUUACAAGGGCCGCAACCCGGAUUGCAGGACAUGAUAUGUUUUUGGCGGGCAUUUCGGAGCUGCGACGGUGCAUCCAUUCAACCAGGUUUCUUUUCUUGCGGCAAUGACCUACUCAUAUACAUUUUAUCUUUCAUGU